CUUACUUAUUUUUCUAGAUCUCUUCUUCUUUUCUUAGAUCGGGUUAACACAGUCGCUAUGUUGAUGUUUCUCUUUUUCUUUUUCUAAUACAUAAUUUUUGGGACUAUUGUUGUAUGCAAUAAUGGCUGUUGAAGAAUUAUUAACAUGCUUGCUAAAUUUACCCUUUUUUAUGUUUUUUUCUACUCUUGGAAAGUACAUUUUAGUGUAUCUGAUCAAUUAAGGGUUGGCUGGAAAAAGAUUCAGUUUCGAAAAUGGAAAAUAAGAGUAGAGAUUGAAGAAUGUAGUAGGAACAUGAAAAGUAGCUGGAUUGGCAUCAUGGGGCGGAAAGCUGGGGGUCUGUACAUAAAUCCCAAGAAGUUUGGAGCUGUUGGUAAGCCAUGCAUGAAGGAAAUGGUGUCAUUUCUCGGGUGCUUAUCUCUGAACAAGAGCAACGACGAUAAGUGCGUGCGACAGAAGGAUCUCCUACUUGCUUGUGUGGAGGCUCAGAAAGGGAAACCUAAAAAUCCGGCGAGGACCAUUAAUUACCACUUGCAGCGCCUUGGCAGAGAGAAGUUCUUUUAAUUAUGAGAACUGGCUUUCUUUUGACGAAGAUGAUAGUGAUAUUUUUGAGCUUACAUUUUGGGGAUGGAUGUACAUGUAAUUCCCGCAUUCGAUAACACUGCAAUCGUUGUUGCGUUGCUGUUUGCACUGUCACAACUCACAAAGGAACAAUAAACCAUGUUUUGCAUUUUAGGGUUGCUGGAUACGUAAGCAAGUUUGUUGAAUCAUCACUUUUUGUAUUUUGGACAAUGUAAGCAGAAACAUUUCCUGACGAUCUUUGGAACAUUUUGAUAACAGCAGAUUCUUGGGAAAUUUGAUUGCUG